AUGAAUGAACAGUUUGCAGCGGCAAAGAAAGCAAUCGAUGAACAAGUUUCUGAAGUCUUGCAAGACUAUCAGUCGCGAUUGAAUCAGAAAAAGGGUGAGAUUGAGAGCGUGUUCAAUCAAAUCCAGGAAGUGCAGAAGUCAACGGAGGAGCUUCGGAGAGCGCAGGAAAAACUUGAGAGUGAAUGCUCUGCACAAGAAGAGAAAGUGCACGACGAACAGAACGAGGAGGAGGGUCAAGCCAUCAAAGCGAAGAUUUUGGAAAUGGAGGAGCAGAUUACAACUCGUGAGUGUUUGACAUGCUCACGUCUCCUCGUUGUAGCUGACGUCUGCGCUCAAGGCACCCAGAGGAUCGAAGCGAUGGAAGCUGAGAUCAAGUUGCUCGAAGGGAACAAGGAAGAGAGCGAGCAGAAGGCUUCACAGCUGCAAGAGGAAGUUAGAGGGCUGAAGAGGAGCUACGAAGACAUGUGCUCCUCCUCCUCCUCCGCCGAGAAGCGGAUCCGAGAGGAGCACGAGAAGCAGCACUCGCAGUUGAGAGAGAACAUCGAGAAGAUUACAGGGAAGAAGGGGAUCGAAGGCUUGCAGAGGAGGCAGGAACAGCUCUUGACAAGCAUGACCUCGUUCCUUCAGCAGAGCGAAGCAAAUUCCAACGAGAUGUCAGUGAUGACUCAGCUACUCUCCAAGCGCUUCCGCUCCUCCUCCUCCAAAGUCUCCGCUACCCCGGACCAAAUCAGCGUCGAGCCCUGA